CAAUCUACUUAAGUUUCGGGUAGUCGUAACUUGGGACUUAGCAUUUAAUCAAGUUCAGACCUUUACUUUAGAGUUUUCUUUAACAAAACUUAUUAAAUUUGAUUUAAUAGUACUAACGUAUUUUCGCAAUGUUAACAUAAUUAUAAUUAAUUAUUAACAUUUUACAGCAACGGCCUUUUUUUUAGCCAUUAUUUUCACAAAGGAUUACACACACUGUUUUGUGGAAAGUAUCGAUUGUCAAAGAAAAUUUUCUGUCAUACAGACAAAAACUUGUCUCGGGAAAGAAAUUUAUUUUUGUAUUGUUCCAAAAGGAAUCCCAUAAAAUAUUCAAAAGAAAUAGGUCGUCGGUUUGCGGAAAUUGAAAGAUUAUCAUUUAUUUGAAAUGUUGGAAGAAAGAUCUUAGGCGGUCUACACCGAGGAUUUAGUGCAAAGCAAAGGCCUAGCUAAAGACAACUCGGCAAGUAUAUAAACAACAACAACGCUUGAUGUGCUCUUCGUAUCAUAACUAGCAUUUAGAAACAAUUAAAGUGUUCCGGUUUUUUUUUACAACAUCACUCUGUUCUAUCUGCAUUCCGGUAAGGAAUCAAGUCUUGUUAUUGGCAGUGGUGAGACGGCGUUGCCAAGAACGAUUUCCAAAUGAUGUUGUCAUCUAUAAAUAACUCCUUCGAGCAGGAUACACAUGAUGUAGAUGGCAAUUGUGAUGGGCCUGAUUUGGAUUUUGUUUAUGCUGAUGUAGAUACUUAUCAAAAUGAAAUUGCAGAACUCUAUAGUUAUACAGAAUUUAAUGAGCUUCAACAAAAUGUUAAAGCAUUUGAAGAUCAAAUGGAAAUGUAUGAUUUGCCACCUAAUUGGCAAAAACAGGACAGCUCUUCACAGCGCAGUAUUAUAAUGAAAUUGAUAGAUCAACUAGAAGUUUCAAGUCGAGCGUUUCGAAUGCAGGCAGCCCGUUGUAUACUCUAUUUGGCACAAGGAUGUUGGGCUGAAGUUCAGUCUGAUGAAGAACAACAUCAGAUCACACGAGACAAUAUAAUUGUGUUAUAUGAAUUGGGAGUUUUUUCGUCUUUUAUAGAUCUGCUUAAUAUGGAAAUAGAGAGCGCAUGUUCUCCUGAUAUUGUUGCUGUUAAAAUCACGAAUGUUACUUUGGUAGACUCGACCGACUUACGAGUAAUACUUUCGGUAUUGUAUAUAAUUGCGGAAACUAUUCGCGAUGAGUAUGACAAGGGAAGUGAGGACUAUAAAAAUAUUGCCGAAGCUUUCAUACAAGAAAUAAAUAGUCCCCUAACUGACGGUGAGUUGCUUGCUGUUAAACUUUUAGGAAUGAUAACGCGCUUUUGCAGUGGUGCCGCACCUCACUUUCCCAUGAAAAAAGUAGUCCUAUUGUUGUGGAAAAUAACUUUACUGGGGUUAGGUGGAAUUGAGAAGUUAAAAAACCUUAAGAAUGAAUAUCGUGUCAAAGCAGAUCUAGAACCUGUUACUGAGGAUACGUUGGAAGUCACAAAAAAUAUGCGUGCUAGCUCACCACCAGCAACUGCUACAGAUAUUUUGGAUAAUCAAAAUCCCAAACGAAAUGCAUUUAGACGAUCAUUGAUGAAACAACGUUUUCUUGAUGAGCAAGAACAAAUGGACAUGGAAUUAACACCCGGUAAUGAAAGUGCACCACCAAACAAUAACGGUGGAAAUGGAAAUCAAGAAGAAGAUAUAUCCCAAUUUUACCGCCAGUUCGAAGAUCCAUCUGCAAACACAGCAAACCCUAAUAAUCAGCCGAGCUUCUCACAGCCACCACCAGUACUACCUGUACAAGUUACAACACGUUUGCCAUGGAUACCGAAAGUAAGGCAAAAGGAUAUUGAUCAAUUUCUGGAUAUAUCUCGAAAUAAAUUUAUUGGUUAUUCGUUGAUUGAUGAUCACGAGAGCCUUGCGGGACUGCCACAACCAAUACAUGAAGGCGUUCAGACUUUGCGACGUCACAUGUAUGUAAGCCUAGCUGAUGUGCAAAUAAAAAAAGAAGAAGAAAUUGCCCGAAAUCCGAUCUCUACCCAAGAAGACGAAAUCCCAUUAAAUCCCGCCGAAGUACUUUAUCAGGCAAUAUUACCGAAUUUGCCACAAUACAUGAUUGCACUAUUGAAGGUUUUAUUGGCCGCAUCGCCCACUUCAAAAUCGAAAACGGAAAGCAUUAAUAUAAUGGCUGAUGUUUUACCGAAAAAAAUGCCAAUAACUGACUCACAGAAACUAACUGUCGACAUGAGUAGGCAUAAGGAAAUAAUUGUCAAAGCGGUAUCAGCUAUCAUUCUGCUAUAUUUGAAACACUUUAAAAUUAACCACAUAUAUCAAUUCGAAUUUAUGUCACAGCAUCUUGUAUUCGCCAAUUGCAUACCUUUGGUGCUUAAGUUCUUCAAUCAAACCAUCACGGAAUAUGUAGGCAUGAAAAACACUAUACCACUAUUGGAUUUCCCUUCCUGUGUAAUUGGAGAACAGCCAGAUCUAUCGGGCGAGAGCUUUGUUUAUAGCGGUGAAACCGCCGACAAGCCAUACUAUUCGUGGCGUAACGUUUUCUCCUGCAUUAAUCUCUUACGCAUACUUAAUAAGUUAAUUAAGUGGAAGCAUUCACGAGUUAUGAUGUUGGUCGUCUUCAAAUCGGCGCCAAUACUCAAGAAAACGCUAAAAGUGCGCCAUGCUAUGAUGCAGUUAUAUGUAUUGAAGCUACUUAAAAUGCAAACCAAAUAUCUCGGUCGCCAAUGGCGCAAAUCUAAUAUGAAGACAAUGAGUGCCAUUUAUGCAAAAGUGAGACAUCGCCUUAACGACGAUUGGGCCUUUGGAAAUGAUUUGGAGUCGCGUCCAUGGGAUUUUCAGGCUGAAGAAUGUACUUUACGUGCCUGCGUAGAUCGUUUCAAUUUGCGGCGCUAUCCCGAAGCUACGCAGAAAUGUGGUGCAGGCGGCAACAAUGGAAAUUCCGGAAAUUCAGAUAACUCUUCGGGUAAUAUAGGGGGCAGCACCGGAGGUGGUAAUAACAUGGCUGGUGGUGGAAAUGAGGCUAAUGGUUUCGGCAGUAGUUGUACGGGCGGUGGUGGCAACGGACACACACAAUUAAAUGAUUAUGGAGUCGAAGGUGGUUUUCCAAGCGACGAAAUUUUGUCACACUCAGAUUUUGCUUUCUUCGGGCACUCAGGCUGGUGGGAUCGCAAAGUGGAAUUAACCGACUACUUCAAGGAAAACUAUUCGAUAUGGCUAGAAGAAGAAGUUUACAAUAAUCAAAUCGAUUGGGAUGCGUUGUAAGAGGAAAAAAAACUGACACUUUAAUCACUUCAGUGUAAUCACCGUUCCGGCUGCUGAAGAUAUUGACUAAUACAUACAGCUUAACUACUAGAAUACAGACAUACGUACACAUUAAUAAAACACAAGUGCACGCAGAAAUCGAAUACUUAUAAAAAUAAUAUACAUAAUCUUUCAUAGAGAGUUGUAAAAUCGUACAUUUGUAAAUCGAAAAACUGUUAAAAAUUGGAAAACCACAAAUUCAAUUGCAAAAAUAAUAAUAACAAACGCAAAUUGCUAGUUUUUAGUACACUAGAAAUAAAAUGGAAAAGCAAUUACGCCUAAUGCAAGUAUUGGCUACGUCACCAUUUUCGUCACUAUCCAGACCAUGUUGUUUUGCAGUCUCUUUUUGAGCAUGCCGAUUCUGCAAAGUAAUUGGUGUUUAUACAAUUUAUGCGCAAGACUCGCAUAUAAAACUACAUUAUAUGAUUAUACACACACACAUACAAUUAAUUGUUACAAAUCAUACUAGAACUAGAAACUUAACAGAAUAAUUAAAAAAUGUUUGUAUCUCGUAGUCACCCCACACAACAUACAUAAAUACGCAAUGUAAACAGAAAACACGUCAUUUAGUAGAUUAUAAAUAUAUACGCGUACACACACAUAUAUUUGUAAUGGCAUGCAUUGAAAUUGAAUACCAUUGUAGUAUGUUCACUUUAUACAAAUAUAUAAAAAUCGUAUGAUAGGAAGUUUAAACAAAAAAUAUAUAAAUAUUAUAUUUCGCAAGGUAUUGAAUAAUAAUUACAAGCGUAGCAAACCAAUAAAAAUAUGAAAUAUUUAUAAUUCAGACAAGAUUAAUAAACAGAUCAUUAUUAGAGUGAAAAACUUAAAA